AGCAUCGCCUACCGGUGGUAUAGCUCUUGUGUCUCCGACCCUGCUGGGCGGUGCGCUUGAUCGAAGUGGUCUUGCGAAUCACGUGGUAUUUCAAUGCUCGCGCGCCAGCAGCGGAGACGGCACGGGUCACACGAUCAAGAAAGGCGGCUAGCCCGAAAGAGUAGCCCAGAUCGAGGAACAACUCCCAUCCGGUUGCGGUCAUUUCGCAGCGCAUGCGCUCUCCUUUCUCUCCCCACUUGAGUGACCAGGGCAUUCACUGAUUGUGCCGGUACAGAUGGCAGCCUGAUCCAUGAGGCGCUAUAGCAAGUCAAAGUAGUAGUUGUGCAGUUCAACCAAGGCCUUUUUUGCUGUAAGGCCAACGAGGCUCUCGAGCCAUCCGACAAGCGGCGCCAUCCGCUCUCGCCUCACACUUCAUCCUCGCUUUCAACGUCAUCCGCUGUUCAGCCCAGUUUGCUCUGUCGAUCCUGCCCGAACGUGCUUACAAUGCCCAACGCCGCAUCUCUCGAUACCGAGUCAGCCCCUCUGCUGGCUCAAUCGGACGCGUCCCAACCCAAUGUUGAAGCUGGUCAUCUCUCUCCCACCACGGCCCUCCAUCCCACCACCAUUCUGGCCCUUACAAUCCGACUGCAAAAGCUUCUAAACGACUUCAUCACUUUCGAGUUGUCGGAGGACAGAAUUACGGACAAUGAAGGGAUCAUCGAGCCUGCUGUGGUGGACACUUUUCUGAGAGCGAGUGGGGAUCUGCCCGAAGCGGUGCCGUUCGCCCUGCUGAGAGCCAGAAGGAAUUUGAACAGAGAUGCCUCCUCUCAUCGCUCGCCAGAACUAUCGGCAUUGAGAGCACUGGCUUCGGAAGUGCUAGCGACUCGCGUAGUGGCUCGUCUCGAGUCAGAUUAUCAUGCCAAACGCGAUAGGGCGGCGCAACAAGCUGCUACCCAGGCCGGUGUAGAGGGUCAGCCCGCUAUACCCCUCGAUGAGCCUGCCGCUGGGCCUUAUGCCUCCGAGCAGUCUCAUCUUUGCAUCAGCAAGCGUUUCGUCACGCUCGAGGAUGAUGGGGACGAGACGCUGCCUACCAGUGCGCUCGAAGAAGCAGCAGACCAAAAUUGCGUCAUUUUCCUAGCCUCGGCCCCAGCGAGGCAUUGUGCAGAGGCUCUGUGGGCGGGUCACUUGGUCCAGUCGUACGCUCAAGAUGGCAGCGUACAUUUCGUACCGUACCACAGUGUGGAGUCGGGCUCCUUCCUGACUCACUUGGAUCCUGCGCGGCUAGCAGUGCCAAGGAAUGCCUACUAUACCUCGAUCAGCAUGCAUAUGGUUCUGCUCUUCCUCUACACCAUGACGACGCUCGAGUACAAUGGAUUUGAUUUCUGGGAAGGAGCCUUCUGGGUCUUUGCAGCUUCAUACGUGCUCGAGGAUCUCGUCCGUUGGAUCAAGAUACGAGGGAUCGAUAAUCUCAGCUUUUGGUUGAUCGUGGAUCUCUUGACCGACGUGGUCUUUGUCACCUCUUUCUUCCUACGCGUAUCGGGUUGGGUCAAUCACGGCGAUCAUAGGAGCGAGCUGCAACUUUCGGGCUUUAGACUAUUAGCAUGCGCUGCUCCUCUGCUCUGGAUGAGUCUUCUCAAGUGGGGCGACGGUCUGAGGUACUUGGGGGUCAUCCAGAUCGUCCUACUCAGAAUGCUGAGAGAGACGGCUGCUUUCUUCGUCUUGCUGGGCCUGACCGCCAUCGGCUUCGCCCAGUGUUUGUUCGCCCUUGACGCGGCUGAUGGGAGACGAGUGGACAAUAGCAUUUCGCUUGUUGCUAACAUACUCGCUAGGGCUCCCCUUGGUGACGCUUCAUGGGACACUUUCGACUCUGAGCAAUUUGGCCAGCCGUAUGGACUCAUCAUGUUCUACCUUUACGUCUUCACUCAGGUGCUGCUAUUGACCAACAUCCUAAUUGCGUUUUUUGGUCAAGCAUAUGGAGAUGUGGUGGAGACGGCAGACGACUUGUUUGCUGCGUACUUUGCGCAAAAGGUUGUAGGAACGAUUCGAGCCCCUGACCAAUAUGUCUAUCUUCCGCCCUUCAAUCUGGUAGAGGCGUUCCUGAUAGCUCCUCUGGAACACAUCCUUUCCUCGAGAUCCUACGCCGCUCUCAAUCGAGCUGUGCAGAGCACGAUAUAUGCGCCCGCGCUGCUCGUCAUCGCGCUCUACGAGAGCAGGUUCGACUCGAAGCAGAUGAGAAGGAUCAAGCUUGAAAUGCUCGAUAGGGUUCCCGGCCUGCACCUGGGCGAACGAGAGGGAAUGGAGAGGGUCAAGGGAACGGCUGAAGACCCCGAAAUCAGCGAUUGGGAUCGCAGCGCUGCAAGCACUUCGCGCGAAGGAGUAGAAGAGCGUGCUCCCAUUGUGCUUGCGAGAACUGCAUACAAGGAGUUACUCGGCAAGCUGCCCAAAAUACGCAAGGAAGACAAUGACGAGGCGCAAGAAGAGGAGACGAAGGAACAGCGCGCGGACAGCUCGAGCGGGGCCAAAAACCUACCUGACGACGCGCUCAAACUCAUCCUGGCUGAACUUCAGGCUUUGAGAAAGGAAGUGGAGGAGCUGAAGAGAUCGACGGCUAAUGGUUUGACUGGAGCUGAGCAAGUCAAACAGGAAGAUUGAGCUUUGCGUGGAUGAGACCGCCGUUCAUUGGGGCGACGCUCGCUACUGAUCCGGGGCUUAGACGUAAAAGAUCGAUUGCUACUGGCUCAGCUGGAGGCGGGCGAGUCAAACCGGAAGAUCAAAUUUUGCGUGGAUCAACAGUCGCCUUCUGAGGCGACGCUUGCUCCUGCCUCGGGCUGUACGCACACGCUCGACCUGGCCUGAAAAGGCAAGCUCGGUAAUUCGGAUGGAGAGCUUUUGCGAAUUCAGCUGCUGCUGCGCAUCCCACUCACAAAUUUCCCCUGCAAACGGGACUGCUACUUUCGGUCAAUGUUCAUGCGAUCAAAUG